CCUAGGCAGUGUGUCUUCAGACAGCCACUCUAAAUGUAGUUUUAGAAGAUUAUUUACCGGUACAAGUGAGUUUAUAAAUACAUACUGAUAGCUAUAGCAGUAAACGUUCAGGAUUACUGUAAAGAGAAGAAUGGAGAUGAGUGAGGAGAUUUAUGCAAAUGUAGAUGAAGCAGGUAAUAAUAGAGCUGAUUCCAGUGACAGCGAGCAAUCAUAUGAAGAUGUUUAUUUGAAUGAGGACAAUUUGCAGACCCAGAGGGCCAAAAGCUCCAAGCAGUCUGAGAGUCCAGGGGAGAAAUGUUACAGACUGACUACAGUGUGUUUGCUGCUGAUGUGUUUUCUCCUGCUGACUGCCAUCACAGUGCUGUGGAUCAAAUUAAGCAUCCUUAAUACAGAAAAAGCCAAGCUGGAGACCAGUCACAACAACUUGACUAAAGAGAAAGACCAGUUACAGACCAGUUACAGCAACCUGACUAAAGAGAGAGAUCAGUUACAGACCAGUUACAGCUACCUGACUAAAGAGAGAGAUCAGUUACAGUCCAGUUACAGCAACCUGGCUAAAGAGAGAGACCAGUUACAUAAGCAAAUCAAUGGAUUUCAGACUUUAAGUUCACUUUACAGUGAGGGAUGGCGAUAUUUCGGCUUUCAUAUUUACUACAUCUCAACUGAGACGAAGGACUGGAGUAGGAGCAGGCAGGACUGUAUUCGGAGAGGAGCAGACCUGGUGAUCAUAAACAGCAAAGAGGAACAGGAGUUCCUUGCUAAAAUGCUGGGCAGCAAACGGGCUUGGAUUGGUCUGAGUGACAGAGACGAAGAGGGGGUGUGGAAAUGGGUGGAUGGUACACCAUUGACCACUGCGUUUUGGCAUAGCGAGGAACCGAAUGAUUCAGGUGGUGAGGACUGUGCUGAGAUUUCGGAUAAACAAGGAAAUAUUAUGUGGAAUGAUUUGCCAUGUUCAGCUAAUAUAAUAUUGGUCUGUGAAAAAGUUUUCUAAUUAAAUAAGUAUAAUGAAAUGACACAUUAUCACAAAUCAAACUCUGUUAAUGGAGUAGUUCAGUUCAUUUUUUAAAUAGUCCAAAGUCUAUAAAAUACAAAUUAUUCAUGUGAAAAAAUUAGAACACCUCAUGAAACAUAUGAACAUAGUUGAACAUAUCCACAUUUGUUCUUUAUUUUAACAAUAGUGGAAGAUUCAAGUAAUAUAACUAAACUAAUAAAAGCAAAGAAAAGUCUUUUUUAACUGAUCUGUAAAAUGCAAUUAAAAAUAUUUUUUGUGAGGAAAAAGUAAGUACACCCCCACAUUUAUUUGUAGUUAAAAGUGGUAAAAUUUCCUACAGGUGAAUCACAUCAGGUGUAAAUUAUUAGAACAUUUGUACAGAGCAUUUUGAAGAUGGCUUGUCUUAUUUGAACCUCAGAUAUGUGGUUUGGUUUGCUCUUAAUUGUUGAAGUGAGAGGUUUCAGCAUGGUGAGAUCUAAAGAGCUCUCUGAGGCCAUCAGAAAGAAUAUUGUUGAUGCUUAUGAGUCUGGUAUGGGAUAUAAAAAUAUCUCAAAAGAAUUUGUAAUCAGCCAUUCCACUGGCCGGAAAUCAUUUACAAGUGGAGAACAUUUAAAACAACAUGGCCAGGUCAGGACAUCCAACCAACACUAACUAGUUAGGGUGUCCUAACUUUUUCCUUAAUUGAACAACUAAUUUUUGUUCAUUAAUUAAUUAAUUAAUUAAUUAAUUAAUUAAUUAAUUAAUUAAUUAAUUAAUUUAUUGUUUACAUUCAAUGACAUCACUUUCAUUUACAGGUACAAAUUAAAACUAGAUCAGAAAUUGGCAUGUUUACCUUUCCUAAUAAAGAACUGAAAAGUUAAUGGGGUGUCCUAAUUUUUUCACAUGACUAUAGCUGUAACCGAAGUAGCCACGGUUGUUGCAUUCUCAGGCCCUAUUAUGUAAAACUGUGCAGAUCUACAAGGAACUUCUACUUACAAGUUUAUUAUUUAAGGGAGUGAUCCAGGGGAGGUUGUAGGAUUUCAGCUUUAGGGGGGCUUCUUUUUUAAAACAAGAAGAGUAUGUGUAUGUGUGCAUUCUCUACGAACAGUGUGUCCAAUGAAUGCAGUCAUUAAUAAAAAAAUAUUCACAAGACAAAGACCAAAUCAAUA